AUGGCGGAGCGGGCGGAGAUGUUCUCUCUGUCCACCUUCCACGCGCUGUCGCCGCCCGGCUGCAGGCCUCCCCAGGAUAUAAGCCUGGAAGAAUUUGAUGAUGAAGACCUGUCCGAGAUCACUGAUGACUGUGGCCUGGGCCUCAGCUACGACUCAGACCACUGCGAGAAGGACAGCCUCUCCCUGGGGCGUUCGGAGCAGCCGCACCCCAUCUGCUCCUUCCAGGAUGACUUCCAGGAGUUUGAGAUGAUCGAUGACAAUGAGGAUGAGGAUGAGGACGAGGACGAGGAGGACGAGGACGAGGAGGAGGGAGGUGGGGAGGGCGAGGGGGAGGGAGGCCCUGGCUCAGAGGCCCCUGCCCCAGACACCGUCAUCCCCUCGCCUUCCCUGGAGGAACCGCACAAGCACCGGCCCACCACGCUCCACCUGACUACACUGGGAGCCCAGGACUCGCUGAACAACAACGGAGGCUUCGGCCCGGCGGCCCCAACCUCCUGGCAGGAGACAGUGCUGUGCUCAGUGUCGCAGGAGCCGCUCCGAGAGCUCCCCGGCCCCCUCCCGCCUGUGGACGCGGGGCCCGGGGAGGUGCGGUCGCCCGUGCGUGCAGGUCGCGACCGCGAAGGGGCCCGGCCCGCGGAGCUCCCGGCGCCAGGGGGGGCGUCGCCGUCUUCGGAUCCCGGCAUCGAGGCCGACCUGAGAAGCCCGUCGAGCGGGGGCCCCGGGGGGCGGCGCAGCAGCCAGGAGCUGUCGUCGCCGGGCUCAGGCUCGGAGGCGGCCCGCGGCGCGCGCCUGGGGCGCAUGAUCUCGUCCAUCUCGGAGACGGAGCUGGAGCUGAGCAGCGACGGCGGCAGCAGCAGCAGCGGCCGGUCCUCGCUCCUCACCAGCUCCAUGGAGGAGGCCUCGUCGCCCGCGUCGGAGCCCGAGCCCGAGCCCGCGCCCCCGCGCCGGCCCGCCUUCCUGCCCGUGGGCCCCGACGACAGCGACAGCGAGUACGAGUCGGGGUCCGAGUCGGAGCCCGACGUCAGCGAGGACGCGGACUCGCCCUGGCUGCUCAGCAACCUCGUGAGCCGCAUGAUCUCCGAGGGCUCCGCGCCCGUCCUGUGUCCCGGCCGGUGCCUGUCGCCCGCGCCGCGCCCGCCCGGGGAGCCCGUGUCGCCGGCCGGCAGGGCCGCCGAGGACCGCGGGGACCCGGGCGUGGAGCUGCUGGACAUGCAGACGCUGUGCGGGCCGCCGCCCCCCGCGCCCGCCGCGCCUCGGCCGGGCCCCGCGCAGCCCGGGCCCUGCCUGUUCCUCAGCAACCCCACGCGCGACACCAUCACGCCGCUGUGGGCCGCGCCCGCCCGCGCCGCCCGGCCGGGCCGCGCCCGCUCCGCCGCCUGCUCGGACGACGACGACGACGACGACGACGACGACGACGCUCACGACGGCCGCGGGCCGCCUGGGCGCAGGGGAGCGGGCCCCGCGGCGCCGCCCGACGCGUCGCUGGUGUACGACGCGGUCAAGUACACGCUGGUGGUGGACGAGCACACGCAGCUGGAGCUGGUGAGCCUGCGGCGCUGCGCCGGCCUGGGCCGCGACAGCGACGACGACAGCGGCGGCGAGGCCAGCGAGGAGGACACGGGCGCCGCGCGGCCGGACAGCUCGCCCGACAGCCCCGACCUCACCUUCUCCAAGAAGUUCCUCAACGUCUUCGUCAACAGCACGUCUCGGUCCUCCAGCACCGAGUCCUUCGGCCUCUUCUCCUGCCUGGUCGACGGGGAGGAGAGAGAGCAGACUCACCGGGCCGUCUUCAGGUUUAUCCCCCGCCAUCCGGACGAGCUGGAGCUGGAUGUGGACGAUCCGGUGUUGGUGGAGGCCGAGGAGGACGACUUCUGGUUCCGCGGCUUCAACAUGCGCACGGGGGAGCGCGGUGUGUUUCCCGCCUUCUACGCGCAUGCUGUGCCCGGCCCUGCCAAGGACCUGCUGGGGAGCAAGCGGAGCCCCUGCUGGGUGGAGCGCUUCGACGUGCAGUUCCUGGGCUCUGUGGAGGUGCCCUGUCACCAGGGCAAUGGCAUCCUGUGUGCAGCCAUGCAGAAGAUUGCUACCGCCCGGAAGCUGACCGUCCACCUGCGCCCUCCUGCCUCCUGUGACCUCGAGAUCUCUCUGCGGGGGGUCAAGCUGAGUCUGAGUGGAGGGGGUCCUGAGUUCCAGCGCUGCAGCCACUUCUUCCAGAUGAAGAACAUCUCAUUCUGUGGCUGCCACCCCCGCAACAGCUGCUACUUUGGCUUCAUCACCAAACACCCCCUGCUGAGCCGCUUUGCCUGCCACGUCUUUGUGUCCCAGGAGUCCAUGAGGCCAGUGGCCCAGAGUGUGGGCCGUGCCUUCCUGGAGUACUACCAGGAGCACCUGGCCUACGCCUGCCCCACGGAGGACAUCUACCUGGAGUAGCAGGAACCUGCCCACCGCUCUCGACUCCUGCCCCGUCUGCUCCAGGCACAGCCCCGGCUGGGGGUGUCUCACGAGGCCACCAUGGCUUUAGCAAGGACUGGAUUGGGGGCGCGUUGGGCCUUAUGUUUGUGGGAGUCCUCGGUCCCCAGGGCACGGUGUGGGAGCUGCCGGGGGGUAUGUGUAACCCCCGCACCCCACUUUCCCUCUGAUCCAUUCUUUCUCUCUGUCGUCCCCAUCUGCCCCCUCAUUUCUCUCCUUGUGUUUCUCUACCCUUUUCUGUACCUGCAAACCUUGCCACCCUCUG